GACGGCGGACAGCACGUUCGAUCGCUCGCUCGCUCACUCGCAACGUAAAGAGGACUCUAUCCAGACUAGACUCUCGCUCUUUUGGUGUAAUCUCCCCCGUGGCAGAACAUUGAGAGUAGAAUAACCUUUGAUGUGCUGAUCAGUCAUUAAAAAAAAAGUAGAAUCGGGUUUUCGAAAUUAUUCGGCGUCGUCGGUUCGAUACGAUAAGAAUCGAUUCUCUGCCUUCGUACGGUCACUUGAUCCCUAUACAUAGCGAGGAAAACUCCAAGUGUGAAUCAUUUUGUUUAUAAACGCCAUCCAAGUCGGAAAUCCAUACAUCCACCUCCUAGCAGUGCGACAUUGAAAGUUGGGGACCACGGAAUAAAUAAUUGAUAAGCCAGCGAUCCAACAAUUAGUUACUAUUGCAAUUGUUGUUGUUUUUUACGAUUUGUUUGAGUGGAUUUUAGCUGUUAUCAGUCAACUUUAAUAAUAAUUUUUGGCGAAAUCUGAAGUGCCUGCCUGUCACCUGUUUCUACUUCUGCUAUCGCUUAACUAACUUCCCAAGUUUAAAUAAUAUAAAUAAAUUAUCCUAUAUAUUUUUUGGAUAAGGAUCUAUCAGUUUUGUUGUUAAUAUUUCUACCUGCAAAUUUGUUUUUAUUGAAACAAAUUAAAAAUGGCUCUCGCAAUUGUACAUGAUAUAUAUGACUGGUACAGGGAUCUCAUGGACAACAAAAGUGAUCCUCGUGUAAAUGGUUGGCCCAUGAUGGCCUCACCUGUACCCACAUUUUUGCUGUGUGUCUUUUACGCUUAUUUUAGUAAAUCAUUAGGACCAAAGUUAAUGGCCAAACGAAAGGCCUUGGAUUUAAGAAAUGUAUUGGUUUGGUAUAAUCUAUUCCAGACCGUGUUCAGUGCGUGGAUAUUCUACGAGUAUUUAAUGAGUGGCUGGUGGGGUGAUUACAAUUUCAAAUGUCAACCUGUUGACUACAGCAAUAGUCCAAAGGCUUUGAGAAUGGCAAACAUUUGCUGGUGGUAUUACAUUUCGAAAUUCACCGAAUUCUUCGAUACACUGUUCUUCAUUUUGCGCAAGAAGACACAGCAUGUAUCGACGCUGCAUGUCAUCCAUCACGGCUGUAUGCCCUUCUCCGUGUGGAUGGGUCUGAAGUUGGCCCCUGGCGGCCAUAGUACCUUCUUUGCCUUAUUGAACUCCUUUGUACAUAUUGUUAUGUAUUUCUAUUAUAUGAUCGCUGCCAUGGGUCCCAAAUAUCAAAAGUACAUUUGGUGGAAGAAGUAUUUGACCACUUUCCAAAUGGUACAAUUUGUUGCUAUCUUCACCCAUCAAUUCCAAUUGUUGUUCCGCGAAUGUGAUUAUCCCAAAGGAUUCAUGGUCUGGAUCGGUUUGCAUGGCGUUAUGUUCCUAUUUUUGUUCUCAGAUUUCUACAAAACCAAAUAUACCCGCGCUGCGCAAAAAGUUAAAGCGGCCAAUGGCCAUGCUAGCGCGUCAGAAAAAGAAUACCUCACAAAUGGCAAAGCGACUGCCAAUGGCAAUGGUGUCUAUGCCAAUGGCAAUAGCAAUCGUGGAGCAUGCAUGCCUGUAAUGGAAGACGAAGUUGAAACCACAAUACAGACAAAUGGUCAUUUGAAAAAUGGCCAUUACAAGAACGGUUAUGCCAACGGCGGUGGCGAUCACAUACUCAAGGAAGGUGUUAUCUCAUCUAAUGAAGCUAUUCUUAAUUCAGAUACCAGUAGCUCUAGUCUUCACCAGAGAAAAGUCAAAUAAGAUAGAACAACCAGAAACACACACACACACACAUACACACAACACAACCACUCGAUUUAAGCCUAUUAAAAUAUUUAAAUUAAUUUUAUAUAGUUUUUAGCAACAAAUUAUAUACAAAACACAAGAAAAAUAAGAAAGAAAGAAAUUAAAAACAAAAACAAAUGGAAUGAAGAAAACUAUAAAUUAUAUAUUAUAUAAUUUCUUAUUUAUAUAAAAAAAAAAAAAAACAAAAAGAAAGAAAAAACAAUCAAUCAUAUUUAAGUGUGUAAAAACAAAAAACCAUCCACCACCACAUGCAACACAAUACCUACCUACCUACCAACACAUUUAUUAUUGUUAAACUCUACUUUACAAUCCUUAAAGAACAGCAAUCAAAACGAAACAUUUAACAAUCAUCAUUGAAACCCCCAUAUAAACAUCCAUCUACCUACCCACCACUCAUCGACCUCUCCUCCCCCCGCCCGCCUUCUCUUAUUAUCAUUUAAUGUCUUUGUCUUUUUGUAAAUUAUUAUAAGCUAAAGAAACCAACCCCUCCCACAAUAUUCUCCUCCUUUUGCUAGAACAAAGAAAAAACAAAAAAAAAAAAAGGAUUAAGCGAACAAACAAACAUUGUUUCUUUUUAUAAUAAGUUUUUGUAUACAAACAACAACAACUACAAACUAUAUUUAAAGAAAAUUGUAUCUUUUUUUCUUUUGUAAAUGGUCAAACUAAUAAUAAUUUCUUAAUUUCUAAACAAAAAAAAUUGCUAACAACAAGAAAAUAAAUAAAUAAAUGACAAGAUUUUAUAAAA